AUGGUCUCGAAGGAUACCAUCCGUACGGCUAUCGGCGUCAUCGGCAAUGGGACCGCCCUUGUGCUCUUCCUCUCCCCGGUGCCAACUUUCAUCAGCAUCUGGAAGAAGCGUGCAGUGGAGCAGUACUCGCCGAUCCCGUACGUGGCGACCCUCCUGAACUGCAUGAUGUGGGUGCUGUACGGCCUGCCGCUGGUGCACCCGCACAGCGUGCUGGUGAUCACCAUCAACGGCACCGGCAUGCUCAUCCAGCUCUCCUACGUCGCGCUCUUCAUCCUCUGCUCCGCGGGGGCGGUGCGCCGCAAGGUCGUCCUCCUGUUCGCCGCCGAGGUCGCCUUCGUCAUCACCCUGGGCGCGCUGGUGCUCAGCCUCGCGCACACGCACGAGCGCAGGUCCAUGAUCGUCGGCAUCGUCUCCGUCUUCUUCGGCACCGGCAUGUACGCUGCGCCGCUCUGUGUCAUGAAAAUGGUGAUCCAGACAAAGAGCGUGGAAUACAUGCCCCUGUUCCUGUCCUUGGCCUCCCUCGCGAAUAGCAUCUGCUGGACCGCCUACGCGCUCAUCCGCUUCGAUGUCUACAUCACCAUCCCCAACGGGCUGGGCGUGCUGUUCGCGCUGGGUCAGCUGGUCCUGUACGCCAUGUUCUACAAGAACACCCAGCAGAUCAUCGAGGCACGCAAGCGCAAGGCCGACCAGCAGGGAACCAUGAUGGAGGUGGUCACCGACGCCACGCCACCCAACAACAACGGCAGCACCUACUGA